ACCACCCAUCCCCUGCAUUUCCCUCAGCCCUCAGAGGAGCGAGCAGCCCGGCUCUGUCACCAGCACCGUCCCAGAGAAAACAAUGGACCCAGUCGAUUCUGCCAUUGCUGGCAGCAUUGUAGGUGCUGCAAGCGCUGCAACUGUUGCAGGUGUCAGCCUGAGGAAAUCUGUGUCGCUCAAGUUUCUGUUCACCAAGAGCAUCCCUGGACAUGGAGAGAUCUUCGAGCAGGUUUUAAGUGGCACUUUGCAGCCUGGGGACAUCUUGCUAUUCCCCUUGGAUGGAAGCAAUAGCACCAUCGCACAGGCCCUCUUGAGACAUGCAGCCGUCUUCUGUGGGAAUGGAGAGGUCAUACACUUCCAGGGCAUAGAUUGCAAGGAAAGCCCUGGUGUGAUCAGCAAAGAAGGAUUGGUGAAAAUGCGAAAGAACAGGGGGCCAUUUGAUGUUUACCGGAAAAAAGAUGGGGUUGUUCUCAAGGAAUUCAAUAAUAGAGUCAGGACAGCGAUGAACAGCAAAGCCAAGUAUGACCCUUACACAAACAACUGCAUCCACUUCGCCCUCUACCUCUUGGGCUUGCAGGAGUUCUACUCCAACCUGGUGCGAAUCCAAGAUGAAGGUGACAACAGCUGCAGCGACACUGCCACCUCAAGCCCCCCCAGCCUGGCGGGGCAGGGGAGCAGCCACACGGCGUGAGGGGUGGCAGCCCCAUGUCCCCCAAGGACCAUCCCCCCGACCCACUGAGAAGCCUCAGGGAAGGAGAUUUUCUUUGUGGGGGGAUGGGGACGUUGCUUUCUGCUUCCUGGAGCUUAAUUGCUGUGUGCUAAUCAGAUGUUUUAUUAAAUUUUGCUACCUGAAACGAACCUGAUUUUACAUACAGCCUCAGUCCUGCCUGAUGGGCUGAGAGCGCUGCCCGGCUGCCACCAGCCUCUGGGGCUUCUUGGCUGCCCAGGAUAAUAAUGAGCGAAACAACAGCCAAUAUCAGUAUUACUGGCGAAGAACAGCUAUAACUUCAGCGAAUGAGGCACAGAAUCUCUUUUUUUCGGUGCAUGCACAGACAUUUCUAACAAAUUGAGGCUUGUAUUUAUACUUGCUUUGAUGCUUGCUCAAGCAUUGCUGCUUUGCUAGGUUAGGCACUGCAUAAGUGAUACAUUUUGUGUUCCCACCGAAGUUGCUGCCAUAAAAGCAUUUUUUGGUCUAUCACAAGUUACCCCGCUGUCCUUGAUGUAUCAAUCUUGUAUCAAUCCCUUUGUCCUUGAUGUAUCAAUUUUGUAUCAAUCCUUCUGUCCUUCAUGUAUUAAUGAGUAUAAGGUC